CCAGCCCCUUAAAUUAGGGCUGAAGCGUUGCCCUUCUCGAAAGAAAUCCAAAACCAAAAACUUUCGAAUUUAAACCAUUCCCAGAGAAACCCUCAUCCCCAAACCACUCUAAUAGCUUCCUCCUCUUUCUAAAUCCCGGCCAUUUAAAUCGCUUCUUUUUGCAAAUCCGAUGCCACUCCUCUCCCACUUGUAAUUGGAAUUCUCCUUGUUUGGUUUUCUUCAUCUGAGUCAAUCCGCGGUCGCUCCUGGAGUCAUUUAUCUACUUGAAAUUUCUACGUAGAUUCUCUUCGAGCAUUGUUUUCGGCGCUGGUAUCUUUGGAUUUUUUGUUUCAUCGGAUGCUGCAGGCUAUGAUCGGGAUAUUUUGCAGAGAGUGAGAGGAUUUUCUUGCACUUAGGCAGAUGUCUAGCAGUUCUAAUAAUGGCUAUGCCACAGAUGUUAAGUUUUUACAAAGAGGAUCAACAUAUACAGAGAGAUUGGAAAUAGAUGCAAAUGCAGCAUCGGAGGCAUGUAGUACAUGCACCCAGAAAUUGGAAAGAGAGUUGAUGAAUUGCUGUCAAGAGAUAGAAUAUUUGCAGGAUCAACUAAAUCUGCGGGAUGUUGAGGCAAAGUUUAUGGGUGAGCAUGUACAUAGCCUUGAAUUGAAGCUUGCAGAAGUUAACAAAUUACAUGAAAGGUUAAGAUCGAUAGGCGAAGAACUAGUGCAAUCUGAUUCUCAACGCCUUAUUUUGUUGCGGGAAUUAAAAUGCAAAGAAGAAGAGUUGAAGAAGUCUGCUUUCCAUAUAGAGACACUUGAUACAGUAAUUUUGGAUUCACAAUGUGAAAUUGAGAGUUUAAAACUUGAUAUAACUGCUUUAGAGCAGAGAUGUCUUGAGGCAGAGAGGUUUUGCCGACAAACUGAUCAGGAAAAAGAUAUGAUGAACUCACAAUUGGAAGAACUACAAUUCCGGUUUCAAGAGGCGCAACAGGUGAUUCACCAUUUGGAAAAUGAGAAUAAAAAACUGCAAGAGAAGAUACAGUUGUCUGAGAGAAAUGCUAGAGAGUGUUUUCAUAAAGUUGAAGAGCAACUUCAGAAGUGGCUGGAACACUGUAACAAUGUGGGAUUCCAUAUUAGCUAUGAAUCUACCCAGGCCUUCCUGCUUCAUACAAGGAAAGAGCUCCCUUUACCAACAGAAAUGUGCACUUGUGAGGAAUUUUUAGGCCAAUUCCUUUCAAAACAUGUUGCUGUAGCAUCUUCUGAUGAACAUGUAAAGGAUGAGAUAGAGAAGUUGACAAAUCAGAUCCGUGAAUCUGAACUACUAGUAAAGCAGCUCAAGGAAGAACUUAGAGAAGAAAAGCAAAAGGCAAAGGAAGAAGCAGAAGAUCUUACUCAAGAAAUGGCUGAACUGAGGUACCAAAUAAUGGGCAUGCUUGAAGAAGAAUGCAAACGUCGAGCUAGUAUUGAACAAGCAUCCAUUCAGCGAAUUAAGGAUUUAGAGGCACAGGUACAGAAGGAGCAGAAGAAAUCUGUUGCAGCCCUUAGGCGUUUUCAGGAAGUCCUUGAACAAGCUGAAAGGCAAUCCUUGGAGGUUGGGAAGUUAAGGAAUGCAUUGGAGGUAUAUAUAUUCAGUUACUCUUGUAUCUAUUAUUUUUCUUUAAAACAGAAUUUAGUCACCACUACAUUAGCGUAACUGUUGUCAGUCUAUCUAUAGAUAUGUAAAGAUAACAUUACCAUGUAAGAUAAAUGAAGUGUUUGCUCCAAGGUUUGCCAUACCGUGCCGAAUCGGCCGGUACAUCCCAUCUCGUACCGGACCGGCUGGGAACCGGCACGAUUCGACCGGUAAAAUCGGUACACCAGCAGUAUCGAAGAAAA